UCUCCCCUCAUUUGACAAUUGACCGGUAAAGCUACAGGAACGUGUCACCAAACCAGGACUAUUUAUGUUACAUUUGCAUUAAAACUAUAAAGUAUAACACUUUAACAAACCUGGGAAAUGUCCAAAGUGUUUUCAAAAGCUUCUAUGAGAGAAGUUUCAUCUUUGGCGGCCGCCGUGACGGACUCCUCCUGCGAAAACCUUACAUCCGGGUUCAGACUCGUUUCUGUGAACACAUGAAAGCAGCUUUUAUCGCACCGUCUCGUGGCGACUGAAUGUGUGUCAAACAGAAGAGGAGAUUAUUUUUGCACUGUCACUGACAGACAGACAGACAGACAGACAGACAGGACUAUACCCUGAUAAAAUCACAGAGGACUGUCCAUUGGGUCUGCAGGAGUGUACCUGAAUCCAGCCGAAUGAACAGAGCGACUGCAAAGCAUCUAAUCGAGCGCUACUUUCGGCAGUUAACCGACGGCUGUGGAAAUGGCGACUGCACGAAUGAGAUUUGCGCAUCAUGUUGUGACUUUCAGUCGUUGGAUAACAAUUCAGCAGCCGCCAAAGCGCUUGAGUUGUUUAAGAUUAAUGCCAAACUCUGUAAUCCUAACCCCUCCAAGAAAGACCCAGACUCUGACCUGGACAAUAAGAUGAGCGAGACGGACCUGUGUUCCGCCAAAGAAGACUUCUCAGAUCUAAAUUACCUCACAGAGAACACCGUGUGUAUGAUCCUGAGUUUCUGCGAGGAGGAAGGGGACUACUCUGCUCUGAUACGCAUCAUCGGCAGGAUUUUCUCCAACACAGACUCCUUGAUAAAGAGUUUCAGGAAGGAUGAACCCAACACUUGUGAAAACCUUGACUCUGUUGAGCCGACAGACGAGGAAAAGCCGAGUGAGCAGGAAACCCCGGAGGAGAUGGGAGCUUCCUCUGCAGCCGCUUUUCCAGACGAGGGUCUUAAUGAAUCGUUCGACCCCUGUGAGGUUUCUGUGGACAUCGGCGCCGUGCGGAGGGUCUACGACAGACUUCUAAGCCUCGACCGGGUAGAUGCAGCUCUCGUAAACGCACUCAUUUACCUCACUCCAAACCUGGAGCUUGACCUGGAGUACCUUGACGUGUACGAGACAAACCCAGAUUACUUGAAUAUCUUCGUCAUCGUGCUGGAGAACAGUAACCUCCACAGCCCCGAGUACCUGGAAGUGGCGUUGCCACAGUUCUGCAAAGCAAUGAGCAAACUGCCGGUGGCCGCGCUCGCCAGGCUGUCAAAGCUCUGGUCCGUGUACGGCCUCCCGCACAUCCGGCGCAUGAUGGAGACCUUCCAGCAGCUCAUCACUUUCACCGUCGUCAGCAACGAGUAUGACGGCGGAAAUCUGGUAAAUGACGACGAGACGGUGGUGGCUGCGACGCAGUGUUUAAAAGUUGCCUUCUACGCGAGUAUCCUGGCUGGGGAAGUGGACGUGGAGCACAACGAGGAGGACGUGGAAGACCCCGAGUCCGAUGAGCUCACGCUGCACGAGCUGCUGGGUGAGGAGCGGCUCUAUAAGAAAGGCCCGCGGGUCGAUCCUCUGCAGAAUGAGCUCGGGGUCAGAACUUUGGACAGCCUUAAACCCCUCAUCCCCCACGAGGACUUCGUCAACGAGUCACUGAACGAAGUGGUGGAGAUGGACAAAGAUUUCACCUUCUUCAAGGUCAACGCCGAAACCAAGUUUUCUUUCCAGAGCUGCCCCUUCAUCCUCAAUGUCAUCACCAAGAACCAAGGACUGUACUACGACAACAGGAUCCGCAUGUACAGCGAGCGGCGCCUCACGGCUCUCUACAGCAUGGUGCAGGGCCAGCAGCCCAACCCCUACCUGAAGCUCAAAGUACGCAGAGACCACAUCAUCGACGACGCCCUCGUCAGACUGGAGAUGAUCUCCAUGGAGAACCCGUCCGACCUGAAGAAGCAGCUGUUUGUGGAGUUUGAGGGGGAACAAGGUGUUGACGAGGGCGGCGUCUCAAAGGAGUUCUUCCAGUUGGUAUUGGAGGAAAUUUUCAAUCCCGACAUAGGGAUGUUCAGCUACGACGACGACACAAAACUGUUUUGGUUUAAUUCCUCCUCGCUGGAGAACGAGGCGCAGUACACCCUCGUUGGACUCGUCCUGGGACUCGCCAUUUACAACAACUGCAUCCUGGACGUGCACUUCCCUAUGGUUGUCUACAGGAAGCUCAUGGGCAAGAAGGGGAUCUACCUGGACCUGUCCGACUCUCAUCCAGCUCUCUACCAGAGUCUGAAGGAGUUGCUUGAGUACAGCGGCGAUGUGGAGAAAGACAUGAUGCUCACCUACCAGAUAUCUCACACGGACCUGUUUGGAAACCCCAUUUUAUACGACUUGAAGGAGGAGGGAGAGCAGAUCCCCGUCACCAAGGAGAACAGACAGGAGUUUGUGGACACGUAUGCUGAUUACAUCCUGAACAAGAGCGUGGAGAGACAAUUCAAAGCCUUUAAAAAAGGUUUCCUAAUAGUCACAAACGAGUCUCCGCUAAAAUAUCUGUUUCGACCCGAAGAAGUGGAGCUGCUGAUCUGUGGAAGCCGGAAACUUGACUUUGAAGCACUUGAAAAGACGACAGAGUACGAUGGAGGUUAUAGCAAAGACAGUCAGAUCAUCAAAGACUUCUGGGAGACGAUCCACUUGUUUGGCGAGGAGCAGAAGAGGCUGUUCCUUCAGUUCACCACCGGCACUGACAGAGCGCCGGUCGGCGGGCUCGGGAAACUAAAAAUGAUCAUCGCCAAGAAUGGCUCAGACACAGACAGGCUGCCGACCUCUCACACCUGCUUUAACGCGCUGCUGCUCCCAGAAUAUUCUUCCAAGGAAAAGCUGAAAGAAAGACUCCUCAAGGCCAUCACAUACGCCAAAGGAUUUGGGAUGCUGUGACGGAUCCACAAAGAGUUUUCAGACUGCGUUUUAACACACACACAACAAACAAAGGGAGUAUCACAAAAAAAGAGGGAAAUGACACGAAAUGCUGCAAUAACCCCGUGCCUAACCAGUCGUCUCCACUGAGGGCCUUUUCACUCUGAGGCCUAACUUCCUUCAAGAGUUAGUUCAUAUACAGAACUUAGGUUUCCCAAAGAGUUCCAAAUAGCACUUGAAUAAAGUAUUAUUUCUUCUGUUUCUGGGCAAACGUGAACAAUAUUUGAUUUGUGAAACUGUGAAAGUGCACUUAUACACAGGAUUUUUAGUGAAUACCAGUAUAUUUAUUGACUUAUUUUGACUUUCCUCGUGUUUUUCAGUGCUUCCUGGUGUAGCAGGAUUCAGUCCUCAGGCUCUCGUCGGACUGAGCUUUACGGGACUCUUUUGUAACGAUUGUCUUUAGCGAGAUUUCCAUCCAAACGUGUCGCAUUUUACCCCAAUUUCAGAGAAAAUCAACAAAAGAAAAUGCGACUGAAUGCUUGUUUCCAUCCACCACCAGUACUUGAUUCUUCAUGGAUAUAGAAACCCUGAGUCAGCAUUUUAGCACUUCCUGUUCCCUCGUCUUGAAGUCAAUCCUUUUUUUUUAUGUGUGUUUUUGGUUCGAUAUCUGAAAUAAAGUCUGCGGUUAACUCGAGCUAAACAUUUUGACGGUUUGUUAAGACUUAAAACACGACAAUUCCCCACUCGUUGCUCAAAGACUAAACGUCACCACGCUAACGUUAGCCGCCUUUAGCUUAGCGGUGGUGACAUGAGGUCAUCACGCUAACGUUAGCCACCUUUAGCUUAGCGGUGGUGACAUGAGGUCAUCACGCUAACGUUAGCCACCUUUAGC